AUUUCUUUCUCAGUUUUGUCUUCACCACUGCUCUAUAACUUGGAUCAGCAACUGCUGAAACCAUCUUGAAAAGGCAAUGAUCCCAUACCAAGCUUUGAUUCUGGCUUUCCUUGUCCUGGCCAUUUCAAAGAGUUCCUGUGGAGGUGAUGACAUUAUGGCUGAUCACAUUGCCUCCUAUGGUGCAGAAUUCUAUCAAUCUUAUGGUUCUUCUGGACAGUAUACCUUUGAAUUUGAUGGAGAUGAGGAAUUCUAUGUGGAUUUGGAGAAGAAGGAGACUGUCUGGCGGCUGCCUGGGCUUAGCACAUUUGGAGGUUUUGACCCACAGGGUGCACUGUCAAACAUAGCUACAUCAAAAUAUAACUUGGAAAUCAUGAUUAAACGCUCCAACUCUACUGCUGCCACCAAUAAGGUUCCUGAGGUGACUGUGUUUCCCAAGUCUCCGGUGACAUUGGGUCAGCCCAAUACCCUCAUCUGUUUUGUGGAUAACAUCUUCCCUCCUGUGGUUAAUAUCACAUGGCUCAGCAAUGGACACCCAGUCAAAAAAGGUGUUUUUGAAACCAGCUUCCUCACCAAAAGUGAUCAUUCCUUCUUCAAGAUUAGCUAUUUCACUUUCAACCCUUCUGCUGAUGAUAUUUAUGACUGCAAAGUAGAGCACUGGGGCCUGGAUGAUCCACUUCUAAAACACUGGGAACCUGAGAUUCCAACCCCCAUGUCAGAGCUGACAGAGACCGUGGUCUGUGCACUUGGUUUAACUAUGGGCCUCGUGGGCAUCAUGGUGGGCACUGUCUUCAUCAUACAAAGCCUGCGCUUGGGUGAUGCCUCCAGACAGCAAGGGCCCUUAUGAGAUGCACCUUAAAAGUGAAGGUACACUGCCCAUCUGCAAGAGUGAAUGUGCUUUGUGAAACCAUUUUCUGACUCAGUUCAUCACAUUUAUUAUCUUCUCCAACAUUCUUCUUACCUUUUCUCUGGGAAUUAAGAUGCUAUGACCUGUGGGAAUUAAUAUGGCCCUUGGAAUUCUGCCUGACUCUUGAUUUUUUAUUUUUAUUUUUAUUUUUGGUUGUUCUUAGUUCUUGCCUACUUUGGGGAUUCCUGUAUAUUCCAUUUCAUUUACCUAGUCUUCAUGAUUCAAUAUCUGAUGCAGCAUUUGAAUGGAAACAAUAAAUACCACUUUUAUUAAAAAA